GGGCAGCGAGCGUGGGUUAUCUCGAGACAGUUGCGGUCUGCGGAGCGUGGAGGUUGGCUGCCUGCGUUCGGCCAGCUCCAGCGGCUCACAGGGUAAAGUAACGAGGCGCAGCAAGCCGAGCCUCCCCGCUCCUCCGACAGCGUGGGCCAUGGAGACCCAGGUGCUGACGCCGCACGUCUACUGGGCUCAGCGCCACCGUGAGCUGUAUCUGCGCGUGGAGCUGAGUGACGUGCAGAACCCUGCCAUCAGCAUCACGGAAAACGUGCUGCAUUUCAAAGCUCAGGGACAUGGUGCCAAAGGAGACAACGUCUAUGAAUUUCACCUGGAGUUCUUUGACCUCGUGAAGCCAGAGCCAGUGCACAAGCUGACCCAGAGGCAGGUGAACAUCACAGUCCAGAAGAAGGUGAGCCGGUGGUGGGAGAGGCUCACGAAGCAGGAGAAGCGCCCACUGUUUUUGGCCCCUGACUUUGAUCGCUGGCUGGAUGAAUCCGAUGCAGAAAUGGAACUGAGAGCCAAGGAGGAAGAACGGCUAAAUAAACUCAGACUAGAAAGCGAAGGCUCCCCUGAAACUUUUACAAGCUUGAAGAAAGGGUACCUGUUCAUGUACAACCUCGUGCAGCUUCUGGGCUUCUCCUGGAUCUUCGUCAACCUGACGGUGCGCUUCUGUAUUUUGGGAAAAGAGUACUUCUACGACACGUUCCACACCGUGGCUGACAUGAUGUAUUUCUGCCAGAUGCUGGCACUAGUGGAAACCCUCAAUGCCGCGAUUGGCGUCACGAGCUCCCCAGUGCUGCCUUCUCUUAUCCAGUUUCUUGGGAGAAAUUUUAUUCUAUUUAUCAUCUUCGGCACCAUGGAAGAAAUGCAAAACAAAGCUGUGGUUUUCUUUGUGUUUUAUUCAUGGAGCGCAAUUGAAAUUUUCAGGUACCCCUUCUACAUGCUGUCUUGCAUCGACGUGGACUGGAACGUGCUCACAUGGCUCCGUUACACUAUGUGGAUUCCCUUAUACCCCCUGGGAUGCUUGUCAGAAGCUGUGGCAGUGAUCCAGUCCAUUCCAGUAUUCAAUGAGUCAGGAAGGUUCAGUUUUACUUUGCCAUAUCCAGUGAAGAUGAAAGUCCAAUUUUCCCUCUUCCUUCAGGUUUACCUUGUAAUGUUAUUCUUAGGGUUAUAUAUUAAUUUUCGUCACCUUUAUAAACAGCGCAGGCGGCGGUAUGGACAAAGAAAGAAAAAGCUCCACUAAAGAGAAAUUUGGUAGCUUUGUGCCGGUUUGAGCUGAAUCUAUGAUUCUUACCAUUUUACCUUCUUGUACUGAUGUAAAAGUUACUAUUAUUUUUUAAGUAAGGCUAUCUCCUUUCCCCAGUAACAUUCCUGAACUUACUGUAUUUUAUCUUAGUAUUGUACUUGCAUGACAUGGAUUUCUGGUAUCUGACAACAGGUUCAUGCUUCUGUAUUUAAUGACAGCUAGACUGCCCUA